AUGAAAUACUUAAUUUUCGUUUUUGCAUUGUUUUUAGUUUAUUCAGAAGCUGUGAUCACAUUCCCACACGUGAUAUCUGCAAUAGAAAUUCAAGUUGGAGAAAUGAGACAAAAAGUAUUACAACUUGAAGAAGAUGAACGACAAUUACAAACUGCUCUUGAUGCAAAAAUUAAAGAAACAAACCAAUUAAAUGCAGUCAAUCCUCAAUUAACUAAUAUAAUUAAUAAAUUAAAAGAAGUAAUUGUUAUGAAUCAUAAAGAAAAAGAAAAGAUAUUAACUGAAGCACGAAGUUUAUUAGCUGGAAUUCCAGAAAUAGAACAAUCUCAAAUUAUUAGAAAAUUACAUAUGGAAAGAUGGAUUCAAGUAUAUACUUAUCUUGUUCCUCAUAUGAAAAAAGAAAUUCCAAUUAAUAGAGAUGAUAAUAGAUUUAAUGUUACUUUAAGAAUUGCUUUAACAUCAGGAGAUACUUAUAAUCCAACAAUUGAAAAGUAUAAGAAAAGUGCUGACUUUUCAAAAACUAUGAUUGAAAUUUAUCAAAAAAUGAUUAAUGAACAAUUGAUUCAAUGGAACAACGCCAUUACUGUUUAUUCUACUGAAGGAAAAUGUCCAUUAGAUAUUCAAGCAUUUAUUUCAUUAUAUAAGAACUUAAUUGAAAAACUUCAAAAGUCUGCUCUUUCUGAAGCUCAAAACGUAGUAAAACAAACUAGAUAUAUGAAAGUUGAAAUGAAAAAGAGAUAUACUAUUAUUGCAAAGAACCUUAAAAAAAUGCUUCCAAAUAAAUUGUUUGAAGAUGAAGAAUUAGAUGUAGUAAGAAAUUUACUUAAUGAAACAGUUACUACAAUUAAGACUAUCGAUGAAGAAAUGAAAGAUAAUAGUAUUGUUGACCAAGUUAAUGAGAAAGUACCUCUUAUUAAAGCAGACAUUCAAAAGGCUAGUACAGCAAGUGGAGAAUUAUAUCAUUCUUAUGCUUGCAAAACAUAUCGUGAAAGACUUUCUAAUCCAUUACCAAAAAUUCAAAAAGAUUUUAAGAAAUUAGCUUAUUUAGAAUUUGUUGCCAAAAAGAACAAAUUAUAA